AACCGUAACAACAACAUCUUUUAUGAAGGCGUUAUUAUUGUUUUCGUGACCCGGAAGUUUUGGAUCUGUCAAAAGUGUUUUAGAAGGGAUACAGCAAAAACUACUGGGCAUGCGCACAUCAAUAUAGCAACUGUCUCUUCUGUGAGGCUGCUGGUUUCGAUGUGACGCGCAGUGAUGAACGGCAGCUCGAACCCUGCUCUCGAUAAAGAAGAGCAUGUGUUGAAGCUCGGAGAUAGUUUUGAGAAGAGACCAAAAUCAUCUUUUCACACCAUCAGAUAUGAUUUUAAACCAGCAUCUAUUGAUACAUCCUGUGAAGGAGAAUUACAAGCAGGAAAAGGAGACGAGGUGACCAUCACAUUACCUCACAUACCGGGCUCCACUCCACCGAUGACAGUGUUUAAGGGCAACAAAAGGCCGUAUCAGAAAGACUGCGUUCUCAUCAUCAAUCAUGACACUGGAGAGUUUAUGCUGGAAAAGCUCAGCAGCAGCAUACAAGUCAAGAAAACACGAGCUGAGGGCAGCAGUAAGAUCCAGGCUCGUAUAGAGCAGCAGUCAGCGAGAGCUAACCAGCUGACAGCACAGUUCCGCACCCCCAUCAAGCCUGGAGCGGGGGCGAAGACCUCACCAACCAAAGACAACCCUUCACCUGAGCCGCAGCUCGAUGACAUCAAACGAGAGCUGCGAGCCGAGGUGGACGUGAUUGAGCAGAUGAGCAGCAGCGGCAGCAGCAGUUCAGACUCUGGCAGUGGUGAUGACAGCUCCUGCAGCGAUGGAGAACAGGAAACUCAUCUGUCCCCCAGCAGGAACAACAUGGCCAACGGAAUGAACAAAUCACAAGGCAGCAACCAGCUGAUGAACACACUCCGAAAUGAUCUUCAGCUGAGUGAAUCUGGCAGUGACAGUGACAUCGACUGACUGAUGUUCAGCACUCAAAAACAUAGAUUGUGUUUCUCUCUGUUAUGUGCUUUCAUAGGUGAUAUCAGUCUUUUUGCAGUGGUUUCAUAGAUGAUAUCAGUGCUUGCAGUUUUAUCUUGAGCUUUCAUGGCUUCAUGUUAUCAUGGAGACAUCAUAGAAGGUGUUGAAGAAUGUAAAAUAAUUCAGAUUUUAUUUUUAUUGCAAAGGGACAUUUUUGAACAGGUAAGGCUGUGUAAAUCAUCAUAAUUGAAUAUUGUACCUUUGGUUGUUCAGUAUUUUUAUGAAGCUAAAAAUCCUCAGUCAACAUGGCUUGUUUAUUGUACCUUUCCCCCGUGUUCAGUGUUAAAUACACCAACUUAAUUAGGGAUGGGCGUAUCUAUCCUGAAGUGUUGAUAUAUCGAUACUCAAAUAAAAAAUAUCGAUACUAA